AUGCAUCAGGGCAGCAGGGCGCAAACCUGCCUGGAGUGCCCGCCCAAAAUCAGCGACCUAAGUGUACAAGAAGUGUGCGAUCUUAUCGGCCGGAUAAGCGACAUUUCUGCAGAGCACGCAAGCCAGUACCAAGCGCGUGUGUUGGAGCAUAACAUUAAUGGUCUCGUAUUGUCGGUUUGUCAACUUGACCAACUUCGUAGAGAGCUUGACAUGACCUUUGGUGAUUGGCAGCUUUUCAGCACUUUAGUCUCUCACCUCAGGCGCACAGAGGCCAUUUCAUGUGGUGACAAAGGUAUUGAUAUGUUAGGCGAUAGUGGCAUCUGUUUGGUUCCGGGACAACUAUCCUUUAGCACACUUGACCAAUACACAUCUCAGGACAAGGUGAUGCAUGAAUCAGGCAAUCAGAACUCGAAUCUGCCUACGCCUGGGGAAAUUUCGAGACCUGUGGCCAGCAUUUUGCAUACUGAUGCUUUGGGGGAUCCGGCACUGCAAGCCAGAUACCACUGUCAGUCGGCUGGGCCGGAAUUAAAGACGCCCGGAGACGGGUGGUUGACCUCGCCAAUGAUGACGGUGAACAGUUCAUCAGGCAUGUCUACCGGUGUGGAAGGUGACUCGGGUCGGCCUACUGAUACUGCCCUAUUACAUCAAAUCACGCCACCGAGUGCAAGGAAGGCCGCCUCUCCGACAAGUCCGCAGGAGACUGGAAUGGACGCAACACCCAUGGGAGCCGGAAGUCCUAGUCUUGAAGAGCCAGAGUCGCUGUGGCGACGAAUGGCCAGGCCGGAACCACUCGCUGAAGCCAAAACGUAUCAGCAGACGGAAGAAUCAGAGCCGACUGGUGGAGAGGCGAAACAGACGAGUCAACCGCCAUCCCUUCAGUCGGCCCACCGAAGUGAGUCGCGUCGACAGAAAUCCUCCACCGAUCGACAUGUCGCCCGGGGUUCCGGUACCGGUCGGACGGGCCGCUGCUAUACCAGUCUGUCGACAACGGAUCUUCGCAGCGUAACGGCCUUAGCCGCCGCGGCCUACUACAACCAGUUGAUGGCCUCCACUCCGCAUCACUACAAGGCCCCACCAACCAGACUGCCUUGUCUUGCCGGCUUUCUGGCGCCCUCCGCCUACAUCGGGCAGCCACUGGGCAGAUUCUCCCGGCAACAGGCCUAUCCCACGACACCACAUCAUCGCGCCCAAACAAGACAGCAACAACACCAAAUGCGGCAUCAUUCGGUCUCAGGCAACGAGAAGCGUCGUGCAGGCUCAACAAAGACCAAACUUGCCGGAUCUAGCCCGCAUCGCGCCGACCAUCCAGCCACUCCGGGAGGUAGGACGACCCGAGCGGGCAGAUCGACGGCUUCGGAUGCCACACUUUGGCGCUCCUUCUCACAGAGUCAAGAAAAAAUGUUGUCAACCCGUCUGAGACCUCACGCAAGCGCGAGGUCUGCGAUACUGGCAGCUGCAGCAGCCGCUGCCGCCUGUCAUCCCUGUCAUCAUUCGUUACAUCCAGCGCCAAAUUUCUAUCCCCUCCUCUACGCCCCACCGCAGUUAGCCCCUCCGCCGCCUCCGCCUCCCCCAGAGGGGCCAGCUUCGCCAGGGCAACAUCUGCCUUUUACAUCCUGGUUGACGACCAGUAGAAGUCAAGGUCUCGGCGACCUGGAACCGGUUGAAAGGGAACAGAACAGCCUUAAUGAUGGAAGCCUGACGAGCGAAGAUGGCCAGGUACAGAACAGCCCAAGAAACAAACAAGGUGGAACAGUGAAGAAGGCGGUGAGAAGGACAAGAAAGCGCGGAAAAAUGGAAGAAUUCAACCGAAAGUCAAGCUCUGGUAGCACAGUUCUUGAGCAUAGGCAGGCAAUGAGAGGAAAAAAGGAUGAAAAUGAGUCAAUAAGAAGGCAUGCAAACGAAGAAGAUGAGGACGCGGAAGAGGUCGUCGAGGAGGAGACAGAUGAGCUCUAUGAAAACGAGAUGCCAGUUGAGAAUGCAAGUAAUGAACACUCUGGAAAUGAAACUGGCAGGUCACAGGACGAGGAGGAAGAUGAAGAUGACGAACAAGAGGAGGGCGAAGAGGCUGAGGAUGAAGACCUCGGACUUUUGGGAGAGGACGAGAACGAAGAAGAGAGAAGUGAGAUUAGCGAACAAGUUGACAUGAGAGAUGAAGAAGAUGAGGAACAAGAACAAGAUGAAGGAGAGGAAAUUGUUGAUGAAGAAAGUGAAAAUAAUGAUGAAGACGAUGAAAUCGACGACGAUGAGGAUGAGGAAGAAGAGGAAGAGGAUAUUGAUCAUAUGAAUGACGAAUUUACACCAGGUACCGAAACAGACGAAAAUAAUCGGUUCCCUGUGCGACAAAAGCAGAUGCAACUACAAGAAGCAAAUAUACCUAACUCCAAUGAAGUGGGAUGUUUUUAUUCGGCCCUUCGACGAUCCAAUAGUCCCGUGCUCAAUGGGGAUGCCAGCCAGAUGGCUGGUUUGGCGGUGAACAUGACUGACUUAAAGUUGAGCCCGGGAAGAAUAGCAAAGUGCAGCUUUGAGGCAAGUGUAGAGACAAAUCAGAUGAUGCCUAGUCGGUCUCUUGGCAGGCCAGGCAGUCUAAAGUCAGCAAGUGAAAUUUCACAAGAACCCCACUCCGGUCUAACCAGCCUUGGCCUUCCGAAUACUGGCCAGACAGAGGGAGCGAGUUUAAUAGAUGCG